GCAAACGAUCGUGGCUCGAUCUAGGGGUUCUCCGAAUAUAUAUAUCUUUUGAAGCAACGCAAAGAUUCUAUUCAGAGAGCGGUACUUGCUCGACACAGUUUAGGGAGACCUUGGACGAGAUUUUGAUGAGAUUUUGGCACGUAGUCGCGGAAAGUGUCUAUGUCCAGUUAGUCGAUCGUUUUCUUCCGUUCAAUAAAACGCCUGUCAGAUUUGAGUACGUGUUAGAUCCCCGGUUAGUCGCUCUGUCUCUGUUUCUGAAACGCGUCGAAUCGUCGGUCACCAAGAUGCCCACUUGCUCCUGCGGAACUAGAUCUGGGGACGAGGAACACGUGUGUCAAGCGAACCUUCCGGUUGAGAAUGUCGAAUGUGGCAGCGAAUGUGACGAGAAGACUUAUGACCCUGCUGUUAGAUACAGCGAUGGAUCCGUACGCCUUCGAAACCCAAAUAUCGAGCUCAUGGAUCAAGAUAUAUUAUAUCAUCUUGCUCUGGGCAGCGGAUCCCACGAUCUCGUCGAGAUGUUUGGAGAUGUCAAGUUCGUAUGCCUGGGAGGAACACCAAAACGCAUGGAAGACUUUGCAUAUUACAUAAUGAAGGAAAUAGGCCACAAGCUUCCGGCCGGAACGACACUCCUUGAUAUUAGCCAGUAUUCGUAUCGUUACGCUAUGUACAAAGUUGGACCUGUUCUUUCAAUUAGUCACGGAAUGGGCAUUCCAUCGGUUGGAAUUUUACUUCACGAAGUGAUUAAACUGAUGUACCACGCAAAAGUGAAGGAUCCAAUAUUCUUUAGGAUUGGUACCUGUGGUGGAAUCGGCCUUGAAGGAGGUACCGUGGUAAUUUCCGAGGAAGCGGUCGAUGGAAUGUUAAAGUCUUACCUAGAACUGCCUGUCCUGGGAAAAAUGAUAAGAAGGCCUGCUAAGCUCGAUCGGCAACUAGCUCGUGAUCUGAAGGCACUAGCGCACCGUGAUGACCCUUAUGAUACCUUGGUCGGUAAAACGAUGUGUACUUACGACUUCUAUGAAGGACAGGGACGUAUGGACGGUGCAUUUUGCGAGUAUUCGGAAAAUGAUAAAAUGGAUUACUUAAACAAGUUGUAUAAAGCUGGCGUAAUAAAUAUAGAAAUGGAAAGCCUAUCAUUCGCUGCUCUCACACAUCACGCGGGUAUUAAAUCUGCCGUUGUCUGUGUAACACUGCUAGAUCGACUCAAAGGAGAUCAGGUGCUGGCACCAAAAGAAGUCCUAAAUGAAUGGCAAUUCAGACCACAACAGUUAAUUGCACGUUAUAUAACUCGAUAUCUUCAACGAAAAGGUCGCUUCACUGUAGAUGGCCAUGGAUCGAUGUGUGUCAAGAGUCCGCGUCGGUUCAAACUGGUACAACAGGAAUCGGAAAACUACGAUUAAAUACAAGACAUAUCGGCUGAAGAAAUUGCCAAGAAAAUCCAUUACGGAUCUUGUUAAGAGAAAAGUGUACUGUUAAAGUAUGAUAAAAACGCACGGAACAGUUGAUUUUACCAACGAUUAAAUUUUUGAUCGG